GAUAAUGACCGUUUAACAGGUAAUGUAAUCAGUGUUAGGGUUCAAAAUUAAAGGAUUUAAAAGGCUGCUGUGAUGGAAGACCUUUCCAUUAUCUCCUCCAUCAGAAAUUGUUUUGCUUCACUGCUGAGAUUUCUCACACAUUCAUAACUGAGUAAGCAGGACCACGAUGUCAUCAGAGACCAAUCUGAAUAGUUCACUUAAGCUCGCCACUUCCACAACCCAGGCGCAUGUUCGAUUUCAGCGAUUCGGGGCCCAGCAGAACAAAAAAAGACGAGCCCACAUUGCAGGUGGCCUUAAACGCAAAAUGACACCAUUUGAGCGGCGGUAUUCAGAGCUGGGUCACGACUUGAUUCCUGAGAAGAAGAGAAUAGACUAUGUUCUGGUUCAUCCCCAUCGGCGUCUCGAGGAGCAUGACAGUAAAAACAAAAAGUUGGACUAUGAAAGACAUGAGUCAAAUCGUUCCCAGUUUGAAGUGGCUUGCAAAGCAGAAGGGCUGAGGAUACAAAAAGACAUAGUGGGGAACAUGGUCUACACUAAACUCCAUACCCCAUUCAAAAGGAUGUGCCUAGAGGCAGAGAGGAUUAAUAUGGAAAUGCCACUCAGAGGGUGUGAGAUAUAUGAUGAUGGUCCAAGCAGCAGCUGUUCACUUUGGGUGGAGAAACACUUUGAGACAGAUGAUGAAGUGGACUUUGUGAGUGCCCCGUUCCUCAUGGACCGAAUCCACCUGUAUCAAGGUUAUGAAGAUCCCAGCAACUUCUUCAGGCCUGCACAAAGGAGUUGGCUGACACACACAAUCUUGAUAAACAUGGAUAUGCGCAAGUGUGCUACCCAAAGAGAAAUGUCUUCAGUAAAAGAAAGCACCAGAAAAGCAUCUGAGGAGAGGGUGAAAUAUUCCAAGCACAUGGGUUUGCCAUACCUGCUGAUGAAGGGCAGCUACACUGACGCAUAUAUACUCCACGAUGAGUCUGAGACUGACCCCAUCGACUUAGAGAAGAGAAAAGCUGAGAAGAUGAAAUCAAAAGUUGACAAAGUGCCUCUGGGGGGUGGAGCAGCUAGGAAUGAGGACGGGGAUAUCUCAUUGGGAAAACUGCCAGAUCUGGACUUUGACCCUCGCAAGGACCUCAAUAACUCCUGGACAAAGUUCUUCAAGUUUCAACCCUUGUGGAAAGUACGGAAUUACUUUGGAGAGAAAAUUGCGCUGUACUUUGCCUGGUGUGGCCAGCUUAUAACAUCUCUGUGGAUCCCUACCAUCUUCGGUGUGUGUGUUUUUUUCUUUGGCAUCUCAGAAAGUGUCUUCAAACACAAUGCCCUAAUUGAGAGUAAGACGAAUCGCAAUGUUACCUCAGAUGACUUUUUUGAAGGAGCCAAAGAGACGAUCACUUUUCUGCUGACUGUCAUCAAGGAGGCCUUUGAUAAUGAAAUUACACCAUAUUUUGCACUGGUUGUGUGUUUAUGGGGUACUAUUUUCUUGGAAUUCUGGAAGCGUAAGAACGCCACCUUGUCAUACGAGUGGGACGUGGACCAGUAUGAAAACAAUGAACCUGACAGACCUCAAUUCUACGGCACUAAGAAGAAACCUGAUCCCGUCACCAGAGAGCUGAACUGGUUUUAUCCUCUCAAAAGAAAAUUCCUCAAGUAUUGUGCCUCAUUUUCAACUUUACUUUUUAUGGUACUUCUGGUGUUCGUCAGUGUGGUGGGUGUGAUUGUCUACCGUCUUGUGAUGACAGUGGACUUUUGUCCUAACAUCUCAUCCGUCCAAUGCCUCAUCCUCACUAGUAUCCUCUCAUCUGUCCUCAACGCCAUCUCCAUCCUCCUCCUGGGAAAGAUUUACGAUAAGCUGGCGGUUCUGCUGACAGAUUGGGAAAACCAUCGCACCCAAACAUCAUAUGAUGACGCCUUGAUCAUGAAACUCUUUGGAUUCCAGUUUGCCAAUUCCUACACAUCUUGUUUUUACAUAGCUUUCUUCAGAGGGAGAGACUUUGAUUCGAAUGGUGUGUUUGGGAUGGGUGGAAACUACGUGGAUGGUUGCACAGAUGACAACUGUAUGUCACAGCUGUCCUUCCAAAUCCUCGUUCUCAUGAUCAUGAAGCCUUUCCCCAAGUUCUUUAAGGAUAUCAUAUUACCGUUUCUUCGAAAGUUGUGGAGAAUGCGCCCCUCCUGGUGCUGCUGGUGCUGUGGUCAGAACAAGAAUAAGGUGGACGAGGAGUCGGGGGCGUCCCCGGCGGGGUCUCGACGCCUGGCCUUCCAGCAGUAUCUGGAGAGGGAGAGAGAGAAGCCUGUCCUAGGCGACUUCACUCUAGCAGAGUACACAGAGAAAGUUAUCCUCUACGGCUACCUUAUGCUGUUUGCAGCUUCCUUCCCGCUGGCUCCCCUUCUUGCCCUGGUAACAUUGCUCAUUGACAUUCGGGUGGAUGCGAGACGGAUUCUCUGGUGGUACAGGCGUCCAGUUGCAUUUAUCGCUCAGGAUCUGGGGAUGUGGUACUCCAUUCUGAACUUCCUUAACAUUUUUGGAGUGGUGUCCAACUCUUUCCUGAUAGCCUUCACAUCCAGCUGGGGCAGCCAGUUCAGCUCUUACCACAAACUCUGGGUCGUCAUUUUAUUUGAGCACAUCGUGUUUGUGGUCAAAUUUCUGCUAGCCUACAUCAUUCCAGACAUUCCUUCAGAUGUCAAGCUGGCCAUCAGAAGGGAAAAGUACCAAGUGAACCGAAUCUUAGAAUCAGCCAAAAAGAAUAUUCCAACAGAUUUUCACAACCUUGUUCCUGAGCCUGUCAAACCAUCAGAAACCUCUUCACUUACCACUAAUGCCUUCAGCAGUCUCCCACCUUUACACCCUGUGAAUGAGAAUCUCAGACAGGAAGCACUCAACCACAGCUAUGGGACUGUGAGCUCUUCAGGAGUGGUUCCGUUAGAUACAACAACUGAACCAGAUGAUCAUGACACCAAAGCACCCUACACCCCUAGUUCACCCUCACCGUACAAGCUUCCUCGUGGUGAUGAUGAGACAUUGACCAAUCAGGCGAGGUACUGGCACCCCACAGACCUUAAUCACAGUCAGACAUAGCAUCAGUAGUGCCCAGCGUCCGUGGUGUGCAUGGAAUGCUUGAGCUUGAGCUAUGGCAAAGACGGGACGACGUACGAAGGGGUAAAGGAUAAGUUCCCAGAUGGACAUUCUUCUGAGUUGUAGAGAAUUAACUCUUCAUUGGGAAACAGAUUCCAUAUUUGUACAUGUGAUGAAGGUCACCUUGUUCCAGGACCAGAAAUUAUGGUUUAUAGUAGUACUGUAUAUUUGUGCGCACAAGUUCCUUAUGCCUAUAAAGGUAUAAGGUCAUACUGGAUGCUGCAGACUGCCGGUUUGACAGUGAAAGUACAAAAGGUAGACCAAAUGAUGCAUUGUUUACAUGUUCUGUCAGGGUGUGCUCCUUCUCUCCAAUAUUGUUCUCGUACAUUCAGUUUUAGGGAAUUUAUGGAAGUGUCACAAUUAACUUUGGCAUUUGUUCUCCUAAACAGAUGAUAACCAAGUAUUCUAUUCUAUACGAAGAAAUUUUUAAUUGUCUGAGAAAUGCCAUUAGUUUCCCACUGGCUUGUCAGGGGUGUGCCUUUAGUAAGCCUGUGGAAUGCCAGUAGUGUCCCACUGGCUUGUCAGGGGUGUGCCUUUAGUAAGCCUGUGGAAUGCCAGUAGUGUCCCACUGGCUUGUCAGGGGUGUGCCUUUAGUAAGCCUGUGGAAUGCCAGUAGUGUCCCACUGGCUUGUCAGGGGUGUGCCUUUAGUAAGCCUGUGGAAUACCAUUAGUGUCCCACUGGCUUGUCAGGGGUAUGCCUUUAGUGGACCAGUGUGACCACAGAACAAUGCUAGAAGCCUACUUCUUGGCUAUUGACCUAACUAUUAGUGUGGCUAGCUGUUGAUAUCCAAAUGGUUAGCUACAUUAUUGGAUUCCUAGUUCCUAGCUAUUGAUGUCCAAGUGCCCAGCUAUUGGUGUCCUAGUGCCUAGCUAUUUGUGUCCAAGUUACUAGCUAUUGGUAUCUAAGUGGCCAACUCUUGAAUUCCUAGUGCCUAGCUGUUAGCUCUUGGAUUCCUAGUGUGUUUCUCGUGAUGUCUUAUUGACUAGCUAUUGGUGUCCUAGUGUCUGGCUAUUGGUAGAUUAUUGGCUAGCUGUUGGAUUCCAAGUGGCUUUCUCUUGGUGUCUUAGUGGCUAACCGUUUGUGUCCUAGUGCCUAGCUAUUAAUGUCCUAGUGACUAGCUAUGGGUGUCCUAGUGACUAGCUAUUGGUGUUCAGGUGGUUAGGUAUUGGUGUCCUAAUGGCUAGUUAUUGGUGUCCUAGUGGCUAUCUCUUGGUGUCUUACUGGUCUACAUGUUGUUGUCUUGCUGGCUAGCUGCUGGUAUUCUAGUGGCUAGCUGUUGGUAUUCUGUUGGCUAGCUGUUGGUAUUCUACUGGCUAGCUGUUGGUAUUCUAGUGCCCAGCUGUUGGUAUUAUAGUGGCUGGCUGUUGGUAUUCUAGUGGCUAGCUGUUGGUAUUCUAGUGCCUAGCUGUUGGUAUUCCAGUGGCUAGCUGUUGGUAUUCUAGUGGCUGGCUGUUGGUAUUCUAGUGGCAGGCUGUUGGUAUUGUAGCGAUUUUGUUUUUAUGUAUAUAUCUUCUUAACGAUACAGAUAUCCCAGUUCCAAAUCACACCAUUUACUACAGGGGAAAGCACAAUAUUGGUAGCGUGAAUCACCCAGUGUCGAACUCUGGAACAAUAUCUGUAUACUGCUGGAGACGUUCGCUACUAUGGAUUCUUUUGAAUGUCAGCUCGGUCAGUCCGUGUCAUUCAGUAGUAUGUUUGGGAAAACCACUAGUUAGCUCUGAACUUCGAAUAACCAAGAAAAGUCCGAUUUUUAAAGUUCAACAAACAGCAGCAACAGUUUUAUUAAAAUAGAGUGACAGGAGUAUGUUAAUAUAUAUAUAUAUGUAAAAGUGCCAGUACUGUGUACAAGCACAACAUCUGUACUUCGGAUGGUUCAGAUAACUGUGUUAGGGAUAUCUCAGGGAGGUAUUAAACCUAGUGCUGCUGUGAUAGUGGUAUGUCCUACUGGUGUUAUAUAGACAAUAUGUCAGCCAUGUGUGGGGACAUUAUCCGUAAAUAAUACUUUCAGGUCUUCUCUGGGAGUAACAGUUCCAGAAUUGGUCCAGUAAUAACUUGGGAAAACGAGUUUCAAAUUCUGGGACUCGGUGUCUCACUGUGCCGAAACUGGGAAUCCCAGUCCCACUAUUGCUCAGGGGCACUUAUGCACAAAUUCUCCCAGUAUAAAUGUUUCAGCUCAUACUUGGGAAUUAUAAAAUUUUGGUCCAGAAAAUCCCAGUUACAAACUAUUGAGAUAUACUGUCUCAAUCAUGGUUGGGAAUAUCAGUCUCACAGCCUGGGAAAGUCAGUCCCACAGCCUAGGAACACUUGUGUCACAAUUUGGAACUAGCAGUCCCACUGUCUCUAGGCAUGCUCCAUAGCUGAAAUCCCACUUCAGUGCUGACAACUUAUCUAGCUACCACUUCACACUGCUUGUAUACAUGUAAAAUACCUGCCUUAGAAAGCUAACUAGGUGGAAAUUUAGAUGUUAACACGACGGUGGUCCGAGAUCAUCUGGGACUAAAAGUGGGAAUUUGCCCGGUAUUUAUAGUCUACGCUCAUAAAUAUUCAUGAGUACCAAGGAUGGUACUCAGAGCACUGAUUGGCUAAUACCAAAGUAACAACAUCUGUGUAUAGAAAUACUAUACAUGUACAUGCGUAUCUAAUGUCAUGGCACAUUUUUCUUUCUUUUUCUUAAUAAUGGAAAGAUGAACAAUAACUUGUAGGUAGAAAGGAGAUGAGCCUGUGGAGUGAAACUAUUUACUUUCGCAAAUACAAGUUAAUGCCCCUUUUGAAACUCUUCAAUAUGAGUUAACACUAAAGGAUGUCGUAAAGUAGACAACCUCGUCUAGCGGCAGUUCACCGUGAACGACGAUCGUGCGCGGCGAAACAACAACAACAACCACAAAAAUGAUUUAGUGUCUUAAACUUGGUAUAAAGGAUGUUUUAUGCCAAAAUCAUGCCACAGUCAGUGAGUACUAAUGUUGUUUUUAACUGGAAAGAUGCUGUACGUGGUUUGUUACAGCAAGAAUAUGUCCAAAAAGUAAUGGAAACGCUACUCGAAUUUGUCACUUCAAAAUAUUAACAAUGGCGGAUGUUUCGCCAAACUUAAGGUCGCUAAAAAAAAUGUUGUUAGCAACCUAGCCAAACAAUAUCCGAUCACCAAGCUUGGAGAGAAACUCCUUCAACAUGUCAGUGUAUUAUACGUGAAAUAUGGUGUUCUAAUUAAGUCAUCAAGUGUUAAAAUUCUUACGUUGGAAGGGACAGGGGUGCACGGAAACUGUGUCCUUCAAAAGUUAUAUUAAGGCGCCAAAAACAACUUGCUCUCAUGAGUCAACAAAAUAUCCUGUCUCUAUAUGUUACAAAAAAAAACAUAUAUAUAUUUCAAAAUAUUCCACAAAAAUUCUAAUUUAAUUUGAGGAUAUGUCUAACCCAUAAAAAUUUACAUUCUACUGGUAAAACCUGUGUCUACGUUAUGGACAAGGCAGAAAAUUAACCCCUAACCUCCCAUGCAAUUAUAUGAAAUAAUAUACUGUCUCUAGCAAAAUCGCCACAGUAUUCUAGUGGCUAGCUGUUGGUAUUCUAGUGGCUAGCUGUUGGUAUUCUAGUGGCUAGUUGUUGGGAUUCUAGUGGCUGGUUGUUGGUAUUAUAGUGGCUAGCUGUUGGUAUUCUAGUGGCUAGCUGUUGGUAUUCUAGUGGCUGGCUGUUGGUAUUCUAGUGGCUGGCUGUUGGUAUUCUAGUGGCUGCUGCUGUUAGUAUUUUAAUGGCUGGCUGUUGGUAUUCUUGUCCCUGGCUGUUGGUAUUCUAGUGGCUGGCUGUUGGUAUUGUAGUGGCUGGCUUUUGGUAUUCUAGUGGCUGGCUGUUGGUAUUCUAGUGGCUAGCUGUUGGUAUUCUAGUGGCUGGCUGUUGGUAUUCUAGUGGCUGGCUGUUGGUAUUCUAGUGCCUAGCUGUUGGUAUUUUAGUGGCUGGCUGUUGGUAUUCUAGUGCCUAGCUGUUGGUAUUCUAGUGGCUAGCUGUUGGUAUUCGAGUGGCUAGCUGUUGGUAUUCUAGUGGCUAGCUGUUGGUAUUCUAGUGGUUAGCUGUUGGUAUUCUAGUGGCUGGCUAUUGAUAUUCCAGUGGCUAGCUGUUGGUAUUCUAGUGGCUAGCUGUUGGUAUUCUAGUGGCUACUUUUUGGUGACCUAGAGCCUAGCGGUAUUUAGCAGCCUAGUGGCUAUUAGCAUGUCACGCAAAAGCUUUAGCCUUGUUGGUACUGUCUGUAUAGGAAAUGCUCAGUCUUGAAAUUAACCCAGAACUUGGAUGGCAGAAUUACAUGUGGUAUUUCAGUGGUAUUGAAUUUAAGCAUUGAUAUUUGUGCUGUAGGUGCUUGUCGGGAAAAAACAUGUAAUUAGACAUGUUAGAUUGUACAGAAAUCUAAAGUUAUUUGCUGAAAACAUACAUAGAACUUUUUACCAAAAAUUUAGUGUUAAUAUAUUACUGAAGUAAUGAAUGGUAUUUAUUAACUAUGUUUUUUUAAUUUUUACAACCAGUAUCUAAUAUAGAUGUAUUUAUUUAUUUACCUGUACUGUAGAUUCUGUUAUAUGGUAUUCCAUUGGCUGUUGAUUUACUAUUGCUGAUAGUGGUAGAUCUCUGCGACAAGACUCAUCAUCUUGUGCAUAGGCUUGUAUCAUGACUGUGUAAAACAAAGUGCUUCUUUAUGUGUGUUUUUGUGAGUUGGUCAUGUUAUUAUUGGCAAACACUCAGGAAUAUUGGAUUACCACUGAUUACAUUUCAAACGUGAGCUUAGAAAUGGACUUUAUGUUAAUGAAACAGUUUGUAAAAGAAAGGAUGACUACAUGUGCAGAGGUACCACUUUGGUCACUAUUUAUAAUACAAAGCUUUUAAAAAAAUAACUGUGAUUAGUAAAAUUUUCAAGCGCUUUAUUCAUGUGAAAAGUUAGUAGAUUUAUACAUUCUACAUCGUGUUCAAGUUCUAUAAGUUGUUUCAUGUGUUGGCGGAAGGUAUGUUUGACAGGACCGUUGGCAUUGUGUAUUUAAAAUGUAUUUUGUACGAAUGUUUUGGAGAAUUUGACUCUAUUAACCUCAUUGAUCGUACCAAAGUGUGUUGGUAAUUUCACCGCCAUGAACCUAUAUUUGGAACAUGGCAGCAGCAAAGUUUUACCAACAGUUAACAUCUUAUUAUGCAACUUAACAGCCUUGUAGCAUUUAUUUGGUUAAUACACGGAGCAUUGUGAUGAAGACGAGUUUACAUUAGCUCUGUUCAACUCAUGGAGUGUUUAUACAACAGGAGUCUGUGAUGUCCAAUAUUAUAGUACAAUAUUUGGCAUUUUCGCCACACUGAUGACGACUGCUGGAAAAUUCAGCGUGAAACGAGAUUUUUAUAUGGCAGGCUUUUUUUGGUAAGGUGUCAGUCCUUAUUAGAUUUCCAUCCGAAGUUUGUAACUUUUUAAAAUCCUUGUAUGAAUGUCAGUCCUAAUGACAUUUGAUUUGUCUAUAAAUUGUAAAAUCCGUUACACUGAGCCCUUGUUCUGAUUAAUUUAUAUAUAUAUCUUUUUACUUACCUGUUAUUUUCUUCAUACAUAUACGUCUUUGAAAGGUUAACUCAAGAGAAUCUCAAAAUCUUCAUAAAAAGUAUUUGUAUUUGUAUUUGUUCAAUACAGGAUAUAUAUACAUGUUUAUGUUAUUCACAAACAAAUAUUUUGACAGAAAUCGUAAAUUUUACAGUUGUUUUAUGUUGAAUCAUGUUGAAGCUGGUACCAUGUCCUCGUGUCUGUGAUAUAUUGUUUGGAGGCGUACGAGUAGCACAAUUAUUGACAGUAACUGUUACUUUCAUGGUUUUUAUACCAGUACUGCUGUAAUGUUUAUGGCUUAAUAUUCACUUAGAAAUAUCUUCUUGUCUUAGUUUUAUGCUCUUUACCCCAGGCAAAGCUUUUACUUUAUGUUAAUUAUUAACAGAAUGUCAUCUCUCCGUUUCUCUGCAGUUUUAAUUUAUUUUUCAUUUUUCUGUGGUGACAAUAGCUCUCUCAAAUACUUGGUGGUAAUUUAUGUAUAAUUCCUCUAUCAUACUUAUUAUUGUUCAUGGCUUUUAAACCCAAUAAAACAACUUUGCAAA